AUGCCACGGGUUAGCUAUAUUCCGGUGAUACGCCACGAAAGCGCCAUAACUCAGCUGCCUAAAGUCUCUACAAAGAACACCACGAACUUCGGCCAAAAAGAAAAAUACGAUUCCAAGGACUUCAAAAUAAUGCCAACUUGGUUCCUUCCCCCAGACUUCACCUUCGCCGCCGAUGGCCCCCUCCAGCUCGGCACCGUCAUCGCCCACCCCAAGAAACCCACACUGGUCCUCACCGACCUCAGCUCCCCAGACUCUGGCAUAACGCUUCCAAAGACUAGCAUCCUCACCGAAACCAACCACGUCCACGACAAAUCGCACGCCCAGUCCAACGGCUUCAGCAGCUGGAUGCAAUUCUUCGCCGUCGCCUCCGCCUCGGUAAAGACCGACGUCGGCAGCAGCGCAUCCCUCAGCUAUGGCGCCGUCAACCAUGAGAUCCGCUCCUUCGCGGAGCCGCUGACCGCAGAGACGGCCCUGAAGAUUGCGGCGCUGCCGGUCGUGCAGCAGCAGAUGGCUAGCGGCGUGUUUGGCAAGCGCGCCGUGUACGUGGUUUCGGGGGUCAGGAUUGCGAAGACGUCGUUCACGGUCAAGAAGGGGACGGGCGCGAACUACACGGUCGAGCUGUCCGGGUCCGGCCCGCCAAUCCCCGGGCCCGUGCCCCUGGAACUGGGGGCGAGUGUGGCGCACCAUCAGGAGAAGACGGUGACGGACUCGUAUGAGACGGCACCGGGGAUUGUGUUUGCGUACCGGGUGCAUGUCAUCCGGUGUAAGCGGGCGGGCGUGGAGACGGAGCUGUUCCAGAGCAAGGGAGCGUUCAUGACGGGGUCUGGGAGGGCGGACGACGAGGAGCCGCCUGUUGUGGUGGAGGGUACUAAGGAAGAACUGGAUGAAGAUCUGGAAGAAGAGAAUGAUUACACGGAGACAUCGAUCGGAGAUGAUGACGUAUGUAUUAGCUUUUAG